UAGAAUGUUGACAGAACUCUGUUGGUGAGGAAGCACAUUUGGCUAUUGAAACUAGUGGGCAUGGAGCUCUAAGGGAGAAUCAUUGGCUUGAUGAUGGUGCAUACCUUAUGGUGAAGUUACUGAAUAAGCUUGCAUCAGCUAGAACAUCGGGACAAGGAGGCGGCAGCAAAGUCUUGACUGACAUGGUGGAGGGUCUCGAAGAACCAGCUGUUGCUGUUGAACUUAGACUAAAGAUCGAUCAGAAUCACUCAGAUCUUAAAGGAGGAUCCUUCCGUGUAUAUGGGGAAGCAGUGUUGAAGCAGCUUGAGAAUACAGUUGACUCAGAUGCUAAGCUUCUAAAAGCACCUGUUAACUAUGAAGGGGUUAGAGUUUCUGGUUAUGGCGGGUGGUUCCUUCUAAGACUUUCACUACAUGACCCUGUUCUACCCCUUAAUAUUGAGGCACCAAGCAACGAGGCUGCUGUAAAACUUGCUCAUGAUGUGCUUAAUGCUGUGAAUGAGUUCACCGCCCUUGAUACCUCCGCCUUGACUAAGUUUGUUGGAGCAUGAGUAUGAGCAGUUGCGCUUUGCAUUUAUCUGUUGUCUAGAUGAUCAUCAACCUUUUGGACAACCUGACCACAGGGCCACUGAUGUGUUUUUGGAAUCUUUCAAAACUUGGAAAUGCUGGAAUAGAAAAAAUUUCCUUCACAAAUCAAGAGCUGUAUGUAAUAAAGUUGUACCGUCUGUGCAAACAACAUAAAAAUGUGUGAUAGGUACCAGGAGAUACUUGUGAUUACUUCGUUUACAGUAGUUGUUUGGUGCAUCUUUUUACCUCAAGGACAUAAAAAUGUGCAGAUUGUCAUGGACAAACACAGAAAUUUUGCAUUUGCAAUGUGAAAGGUGUGAAGCGGAAAAGCAAAAAACAGUUAGAUGAUUAA